AUGGUCAAACAGACCACUUUUAUCGACACCCAAGACGGGCUCAAGGGUCUCGUCGAUCUCAUAGCACGGCAGGAAACCUGGAUGGGGGACUUUAAGCCCCUGCUCUACACAGAUCUGGAAGGCAAAAAGCUCAGCCGCCAUGGUACAAUAUCCCUCAUGACCGUGCUUGUUGCUUCCGGUCACGGUUUGAUGUCUCCACACGUCAUAGACAUCCAUCCUCUUGGCUCUGUAGCCUUCUCCACGACCGGACAGCGUGGAAAUAGUCUCAAAGACAUAUUAGAGUCGCCACAGAUCAUCAAAGCAUUCUUCGACGUGCGAAAUGACUCGGACGCAUUCAAUGCUCAUUACGGAGUCAGGCUACAGGGUGUCCGGGAUAUUUAG